AUGUCCAAUAAAGUAUAUCGAGUAAAAGCUAGGGCGUCCCCCGGAAGCGACGCGCACUCGAGCCCGACGGGUGCGAAUAAAGCACUCCGAUUAGCUACCAUCAAUCUUGGAACUCACUGGACGACAUCGAGAAUUGGCGGAUUUCCUGAGAAGACGGGAGUGGAUAUAGCCUGCACACAGGAAACCAAAUGGAAGGGUAGAAAGUCUCGCGAUAUCGGAGAUGACUAUAAGCAUAUUUACAAUGACACAAGCAGCAGUCGCAUUGAAGUAGGUAUAACUGUCUCAGAAAGCCUAAGAAGCAGGAUUGCAGCAGUCGACCGAUUAAGUGAUCGACUUAUGAGCAUAAAGAUUGACACUGGUAGAAAAUCCUUUCGAAUUGUCACCGCCUACGCUCCGCAAACCGGAUGCAAGGACGAAGAAAAGAAUAUGUUCUGGCAGGAGCUUGACGAUUUCACAUCCAUACACAGGAUGAGAUACUCCUGCUUGGAGCAGAACGGUCAUAUAGGGGAGAAAAGAAAUGAUGACACACCAAGCGAAUUCUGGAAAGACUGCGGAUGGCUCGGUGCCUCUUGGCUUGCAAGCCACUUCAAUCAGAUCAUCAAAGCUAAGAGCAUGCUCCAUGAUUGGUCAAACAGCACAACGAUUCCGAUAUGGAAAAAUAAAGGCGAUAUCGCAGAUUGUUCAACGUAUCGGCCAAUUCGGCUGAUGAGCCACACUCUAAAGAUCUUCGGAAGAGUACUUGAAAAACGACUUCGAGCGAUCAUAAAGUUGCCAUCCAAUCAAUGCGGAUUUGUGAAGGGUGCCGGUACUGCUGACGCCAUCCAUACUGUACGGACAGUGAUGGAGAAGUAUAGAGAAAAACGAAGAGAGCUACAUGCGGCUUUCCUUGAUAUGGAGAAUGCUUUCGACAAGGUACCCCAUGAUGUCAUAUGGUGGGCGCUGCGAAAGCACAUGGUUCCAGAAGUAUACAUCCAAUGGAUAAAAAUGAUUUAUCACGGAGCCACGAGCCAAAUGUACCGCGGCGGGACAGUCAAAAUCAUUCCGCAUAAAGACCAGCGUGCUCGUCGAAACAACCUCGCUGACGUUGCUUCCAAGGACGGAAGUCAGGAAACUAUGGUUAAUGUAACAGCUCUUAUUGCAUCGCUGAUCAUGCUACCUCUUGUCAGUGGGCACCACACGCUUAUCUGGUUUCUUUUUAUGGUAUUCACUGCUGUACAUUUGUAUGCAAACUAUCGUGCAGUUCGUGCCUUGAAUAUGGAAACGCUGAAUCUUAAGAGAGCUACCAUCCUUAUCAGAUCUUGGUUGUCUCUAAAUUCUAUCCCAUCCAUCCAAGAAUGCAACGAAGCGGAACCACUCUUUUAUGGAUUUGGAACACGAUACCUUGGUUGUCCAUUGCGCGAUUUGUUGUCAUAUCAGAAAAGAGUUCCUUCUGCACAACUUCGUGUUUGUGACUACUACAUUUUGCUUUACGAUACACAAAGGAACAUUGGUUGGGUUGCCCUAAACGACGGUUCGCCAAAUCUUUCUCCUCUGAACGCCGUUUUCGACAUUGAAGUUCUUGCCUCCAAAAGAGAAGUCAAGACCAAAGAAUUUGAGACGUUUGCCAAAGAAUUAAGUGCCAAGGGGUGGAAAGCAGAGAAUGCUAACCUCGGUUUUGAUGAAUGGACGUUUACUCGGAAAUAA